GCGACUGUUGAUCUUUCCACGCGACUGUUGAUCUUUCCACGUGGCAACACCCAAGCAGAACAGCUGUCAGUGUACCUUGACGUGGCAGAUGCCCAAACUCUGCCGCCAGGCUGGACCAAGAGCGCGCACUUCGUGCUGUGCCUGAUCAACCAGUACGACCGCAAGAUGAAUGUGCGCAGAGGUACGAGAUGGGAUGUAGGGUGA